AUGUCCAAAAGGCUCUCCGACACUGCCCUCCAAAACCCAAAGAGAAAAGCACUCCAGCCAGUAUGCACCCAACUAGCCACGCCUCCAACGUCACCUAACAAGAAAAGCAUUGUCGAUAUUUCGGCCACGCUCAAAGGUCACAGCAAGAAGCUCACCUUAGUCGAAGAUUCAGUAUACUCACGCGCCAAGGCUCUCUUCCAAAGAGGAAACAAGGACUCGAGCCACGAGCAUCUUGUGGGCAGAAAACCUGAGGCAGAAAAGUUCUCGUCGUUUCUUCGCCACAGCAUCCAGCAAAGAAAAUGCAGCAGUCUUUACAUAUCUGGUGCUCCAGGUACGGGGAAAACAGCUCAGAUCAACUUAUCUCUCGAUGUUUUGUGCAAUUUCCAGUCGAACAAAAAAGUUCACACCAUCUUUGGUGCUCGCGUCCAGGUGAUGCGGGUCAACUGUAUGACUAUUGCCAAGCCAGAAAAUAUCUUCAACGAGAUAUACAACUACAUCACAGGAACCUCUAGCGGACGCAGAAAGUCCUUCGACGAUUUAUACACCCACCUCACACGAAAGAAUCCUGAUGUUGACUCAGUGGUAGUGGUGUUGGACGAAAUGGAUUGCCUUAUUACAAAAGAUCAACAGGUUUUGUUUCAAUUGUUCCAUUGUGCAUCUCAUCUUAAAAGCUCUGUGCUUAGUACGAAAUUAGUCCUUGUGGGCAUCUCUAAUGCUCUAGAUCUCACAGACAAGUUCUUACCCCGCCUCAGAAGUAACGGUUUCAAUCCGGAGUCCUUACAGUUUAUGCCUUACACUGGCGAACAAAUCAAACAGGUUGUAAUGCACAAAUUGAACAGCUUGUUGGAUUCAGAAAAGGAAAAUUCUUCCUCCAACCAGCUACCAAUUAUGCAUCCAGCAGCAAUUCAAUUGUGCUGUAAGAAAUGUGCUGCCGUCACUGGUGACCUUAGGAAAGCCUUUGACAUUUGCUUCAAGAGCAUUGAAUACGUCGAGCAAAGUGUAAGAGAGACACAUGACAUGAGCCAGUUGACGUUGGAAACUGCUCCAAAAGUAUUAAUCAGCCAUGUUGCCAAAGUCUGCUCCUCUACUUUUGGCUAUGAUUCUCUCGCCAAAAUCAAAAACUUGAAUCUUCUCCAGAAGGCUGUCUUGUGUUCGCUUUUCAAUAUGGACAAAAACCACCCAGAAGCAAAAUCAUUCACAGUUAAUGAGCUUUACGACUAUUACUGUGCCCACACAGAGCAGAUUAUUGACAACCUUUUAGGUCGUCUCAAAAAGGGCGAGUUUUUAGAAAUCAUAAGCGCAUUGGAGGCGUCUUCAACCAUAAUUCUUUCUUCAACAAGUCGUUCCUUCACCAUGCAUAUAGACAACGGGAACAAGAGUGUCAAACCAGAUGUUCUGUACGAUGACAUGUUGAAGUCAGUAGAGGACAUUGGGGUGUUGAAAAAAAUUCUUCUCUCGCUCAAGUGA